GAUUGAAAAGGCACAGAGAGAGAUUCUUCACAGAUCAGAGAGAGCUAGCUUUUGAGCUGCGAAAGUAAUGAGUCACUCAUCAGUCUCAACAAAGACACCACCCAAUACUGUGGAGUUUACAAAGUUUUCCUGAAGACAAUUCUUCGUGGCUUUAAUUGUUGGACAUGCCACCUCGAAUGGAUUACUUUUACCACGAGUCAAGAGUUCCGUCCGUGUGUUUAGAGCAGGACGACGCGCUGGAGCCCGGGAUCAGCUGUAUGCUGGUUGGGGAUGGUGCGGUCGGAAAGACUAGUAUGAUUGUCAGCUACACAACCAAUGGAUACCCUACGGAUUACAAACAGACGGCUUUUGACGUCUUCUCAGGACAAGUUCAGGUGGAUGGGACCCCUGUGCGGAUUCAGUUGAUGGACACUGCUGGACAGGAAGAAUUUGAUGAAUUCAGAUCUCUGUCUUACGCGCACACGGAUGUCUUCCUUCUCUGCUUCAGUGUGGUUAACCCCACGUCAUUCCAGAACAUAACCAAGAAAUGGAUCCCUGAGAUUCGUGCGUGUAACCCAUCCUCCCCCAUCAUUUUAGUCGGAACUCAGUCGGACCUUAUGUUGGACGUUAACGUUCUCAUAGACUUGGACAGGUACAAGGUCAAACCCGUGUUCAGCUCACGGGCACGGAGCCUCGCCGAGAAGAUCAGGGCCGCCGAGUACGUGGAGUGUUCGGCCCUGACCCAGAAGAACCUAAAGGAGGCCUUCGACGCGGCAAUAUUCGCGGCUAUUAAACACAAGGCCAGGAAGGCUAAAAAACUGAGAUUGUCAGACAGACGAGCUAAAGCUUUUUCCAAGUGCAGCUGGAAGAAGUUCUUCUGCUUCAUCUGACCCUGUGGGUCAAAAUGUGUGGACUGUUUACAUGAGAUAUUAAUUUAUUUUGGACAAUGUGUAAACCUACGGUCAUUUAGCUUUAUUUUAUGGGCGGAGUUGUUUGAUCUGUGGGAAACUUCCCAGGAAACGUUCGAGUGACAUCUGAGAGCUGUUGCGUUACUCGACACAAAGUUUACAGAGCGUUUUAAUCGCACAAGCUGUAUAAGUAACACUAGCUGUAAGAUUUAUAGACACAUUAUGAAGAAGGAUUAUAGAAAACUACUCCUUAAAUCAUUUAUUGUUCACAAAGAGCACCCACCAUAUGUAAAUGAAUGAAUUUGCAUGAGCUGGAGAGCUGCCUAUUCAAAGCUUGAAUGGUGCUCACGUGGAGAUGUCUCUGAUGGUCGAGGGAACAAGAGCGGAUCUUAUCUCUUUUGUGUCGGGCGCUACUUAGACAGACUCUUUCAUAUGCAACAGCCCAAACUAAAGCCAAUGUGUGAGAUGUCUCCUUCUUAGGUGCCUGUGACCAUAUAAAUCCGACAUCACUCUUACAAUGAUUCAGCCUGUUCUCCUGAGAACCCUUAGCUCAGGAUUGUCUUGCAAAUUGGCAAGAUAAGAUUAUUAGGCUUGUGUGAAAAUCGUUUCCUACAUCCGGGGAAAAUUCGGCAAGGUUUUUCCUGGUUUCCUAAGACAGGUUUAGCGUCUUCUCUUGUGCAAAUGUGUUGUGAGAGCGCAUACACAGAUGAAAGUAUAGAAGCCCAGCCCAUUUUGUGGAGCCGUAGCUUGGUUAUGUUAAUUUUAUUAAUCUUUUUCUGACAGUGUGUGUUCUCACAGGGUAAACAAUGCUGUCUUUGUUACAAAUAUGCUUCUUGUGGAAGUUAUCUUUUUUUAAAUGCUGUUUGUUUUUAACAGUUCUGUUUUGAUGCCUCAGGCAAGAAGGAUGUACCGCUUGAUCAUUUUAUCUGUCUUCACUAUUGUUUUGCCUUUUGAUCAAAUUCAAGCAGCACUUUUAUACAGCUUCUCCUUCAGUGUUUCUUUGCAUCAUUUAAAAAUAAAUUUAAAGGGCAAAAUACAUUUCCAAUGCUGUUUUCCCAAUGCAACUAUGCAAGUUCUCUGUUUUUGUCCUUUUUUCCUGCUUUCAGUGUUCUAUGUGAACGUUGUUUAUUUACACGAUCAUGUGUUUCUCUUAAAUAUCAAAUAAAUAACAUGAUGAAAAUGGA